AUGUGUGAUCAUAAAGAAGUCACAUACCGCUGUGGCCAUAUUCGAAUCCUGGUCGAUGCCUGGUGUGCGAAAUAUGCCAGCACUCAGAAGCCUUGUCCGCCGAACAUUGUGGCUAGAGAACGCAGACCGGAUGAAGAUUGUGAUAUAUGCAAAGACUUUAUCCCCUGGUAA